AGGAACUGGCAAAGCCCACUAAGAAGACGUAAAGAAAGCAGCAGAAAUGUUGCGCAGGCCCUUACUGCAGGUGAUGCGCCAGUUUGUGAGGCACGAGUCUGAGUCGCCGACGCUGCCUUUAGUCCUUGAACGAUCCUUGAAUCGUAUCCAAUUACUUGGCCGUGUAGGACAGGAUCCUGUCAUGAGGCAAGUUGAAGGCAAAAACCCGGUCACCAUCUUCAGCCUUGCAACCAACGAGAUGUGGCGAUCGGGAGAAAGCGAAUCGUUCCAAGGAGACCGAGGUGAUAUUACACAGAAGACGACAUGGCACAGGAUCUCUGUGUUCAGACCGGGGCUAAGAGAUGUGGCGUAUCAGUAUGUGAAGAAGGGUGCUCGGAUCUACGUGGAAGGGAAGAUUGACUACGGCGAGUACGUAGACAAGAACAAUGUAAGGCGGCAAGCCACAACAAUCAUAGCAGAUAACAUUAUUUUCCUGAGCGACCUUCUUAGAGAAAAGGAAUGAGCGGUCUGUCCUGGCACCUGGUUUUCAUCUGUUCCUUUUUCUUCUUCUUUUGGUAGCGUUUCCUAAUUCUGCAAUCAUGUAUCUGCCUAUAGUUUCUUUUCCAUGAUUAAAAAUAACCUUUUGUACAAAU